GGGUGAAGCGUGACCGAGUCAGAUCCACCAGUCCGACUCUUUGCAGUUUACAGUACAGUUUCAAGCGCUAGGCAUUUAGCUCUCCGCACGAAGGGCUGCAAGGUAGCCUGCGUCAAGACUACUUGACGGCGCUUACUGGAGACUUGACAAGACCACAUUUCGAUGGUAUUAUGAGUUAACGCCGGAGCUGGGGGCCAAUGUGUCAAGAUGACCUGAAUACGGCUUGUUGUUGGGUAUCAAGAAUAGUUGUUGCGCGUGUGAAGGGCGCCAUGACCGCCGCGGCGGUGCACGGCAGCUUGACGGUUCUCCACUGUGAACAUCUCUUGACUUGUUUAUUCUAGACAGCACAAGCACAUACAUUUGAGACAUACACAAAACUUUUUGCGGCUUAGGCAAGGCGAACGCCUAGUACCUGGCCUGUCGCGUCGUAAAACAGCAGAGCGGCGUCAAAUUCACCCGCCUUCAAACUAAUGCUCCAAACAUGACAAUUUCAUAGUCCCUCAACAAGGUACUGACCAAACACAAGCGCCAUGCCGCCGAAAUGGUUCGCCGCGUGCUUUGGGCGCACGAACGCGGAAGACGGCCAUGUUGCUUCUGCCUCUGCAGCAGCAAGGCGCGCUGGUUACGAGGACGACGGGAUCUCGGUGAGCGACUAUGAUGUUAGCCUAACAAAGAGGCUGAAGCUGCGACGGUUAAGCAAAAAGGGCCAACCCGCCAAGAGUGACAGCAAGCGGUCCUCCAACAUGUUUGGCAGCGGCAAGGGCAAUGCAAAGGGCGGCGAUGUCGCUGCGUGGGGGCAAGACGUGGACGGUGGUGGUGCUGAAGGGCCAGGCAACUCCGCCAGGAAACUCCGCAUCAUUAGCACUACAAACGGACCCUCUGGACCUCUGCCUGAUUCUCCCAGCGCAAAGCUACGAACGAGCAAGAAGCAUCUUCGAGCGCACCUGAAGCAGGCGCAGCCCAAGAGGAGCAUAUUAAAGCGAGGCGGAACCGACAGCAUGGCGGGCGGGGGGGAUGUUGACAUCGACGCAUUGGACGAUGGCGAGGCGCCGUGGGACGUCGAUGACUGCCCUUCCGCACCGUGCUCCCCUGCCGGCGGAGCGGGAGGCGCCGGUUUCGGUGAUGGCCCUGCCUACGGUCGCAACAGUAGCAAUGCAUGGGAGCCCAGCCCAAGUCGUUUCAGCGGCUCCGCGAGCCGCAUUGUGCCGCUGCCCGCGAACAACGCACCAGCCGCAGCCGCAACGACAGGGGGCAUGGCGGCGGCUGGCCGGCCCGGCAGCGACCGCCGAGCCAGCGGCGGCAGCUGGGUCGGCGGCGGCGAGCGCCCCGUGUCGCCCGCAGCUGGACAGGUGUACGGCAACCCGUGCAGCGGCGGGCCAGUGCAGCAGUUCACCGCACCGUACGGCAAUGGCUGCGACGGCGGCGCAUGCAUGGUGAAUGGUGGUGGGCCGGACGAGGCGGGGGCAGAGCCGGCGCCUUGGCUGCGAAGGGGCGGUGGCGGUGAUAUCCAUGCGGAGGCGGCCGGUGGUGGCGGCGGCGCGGCGUUCGGGCGGCAGAUCUCGAGCCCUGUUCCGGAUGCUGCUGCCAGUGCGGGCGGCGCCGGCUGGGGAGUAAGCUUGCCCACGCCCUCGCGCCUCGCUCACAGCAGCACGGCGGGCGUUGCAGGUCUGGAUGGGCCGGGCCAGGGCGGGCCCAGCGGGUAUGACAGCCACGGCGGCGGCGGGGGUGGAAGUAGGCUGUCGUCGGCUCGCGGCGGGCUGCGCGGCGGCGGCGUACCUGCAGUCGUGGUUCACAGUGGCGGCGGCGGCACCAGUGGCGGCGGCGUGUCGGUGGCAAGCUCCGCCUUGCGUGCGGCGCUGGCACAAGGCGGCGCCGGCGGCAGCCGCAGCAGCCAGGCCGCGCACAUGCAUGACGGCCAGAGCGCCAAGCCCUUGGCGGUCAGUGCGCUGCGUGCCAGCACUACGGCGGGUGGCAGCGGCGGCGUCAUGUCGGCGCCCGUUGUUUGGAGCAUCAACGAGCUGUGUGAGCCGGCCGAAGGCGAGCAGCCGGAGGGGCUGUACCCACCGGCGUCGUACGGAGGCGGCAGUGCCGCCGCCGGCGUCGACGGCGGCCCGUACGGCUCCAGCCGCCGUGCCUCGUUCCAGGCACCUGCGCCGCAGACACAGCGCUCGCUGCGUGCUGAGCGCCCGGCUGCCCUCAUCCUGCCCAUCGAGCGGCCCGGGUCCGGAAGGAGCCCGGCAGGUGGGGCGCCCAACAGCGGCGGCGGCGGCGGCGGCGGCGGCGGCGGGCAUCACAGCCUACGCAUCUCACCGGCGGCUGCUGCGGCAGCGGGACUGGCGUCGUGCGGGCAAGACACGCCGAUGUCGAUGCCGGCGGGCGCCGCCGCCGCUGCCUUCAGCCGCCGGAUUACUAACACUUCCAACCCCAUGUCGGCGCUUGUGUCGCCCACCACGGCGGCCGGGCCCAGCAGCUGCGCAGCACUGGCGGGCGCAACCCGGGAUGAGGUCAUGCGGAUGCUUGCUGCCGAGAGCCCGGGCAGGUCGUCAAUGUGGUACGACCACAAGGCGCGGGAGCUCAUGCAAGCCGCUGAAGCUGCACGAGGGAGCGACGGAGCUGGCAGGGCGGGCAUGCAGCAGCAGCUGCAGCCACAGCGGCAGUAUGCCAGGCCCUCCGUGCCUGGCGACGGCAGAAGCAGCCACGUGCUUACCCACUCCGUUUCAGCUUUCACGCAGCUGGCGGCGACGACAUGCUGCCAGGACCCUGCGGCAGCCGCAGCCGCCGUGGGCGCAGACGCUGUUCCCUUGUCUGCGCCUGCAUCGGCGCUUGACGGCUACGCCGCCGCUUCCAGCUCUGUGGGUGGCGCGGCCGGUAGCAGCCACGUUUUCUCACUUUCCAGUCGCAGCGCGUUACAAGGCGGCCCUGGUGGGGGCCGUGGCGGCGGUGGUGGUGGCGGCCUGGGGGGCACCAGCUACUCACUGCUGGGUGACGCCACUGGUGAGGCCCGCCGGCCGAGUGCCGCGGGUCCCGACGGCGGCAACAACAGCAUAGGCAGGGUCCGUGGCGGCAACUAUGCUGACUCGGCGCCGGCCACGCACACAGGGCUAGUGCUGCCUGGCAGCCUAGGGGGCCUGCCGGGCUCCAUCACUGGUGGCGAUGAAGACGGCUUGUUUCCCAACGGACUGGCAAACCACGCCCCGGACGUGGUUGGGGCAGCGGCGGCUGCCAUUCUGCUGGCGCCACCGGAGCAGCUGCAACAACAGCAAGCGGCGGCCGCGGCAGCCUUCGCGCCAGGAAGCUACCACCCCAGCCGCAACCAGUCAUUCCUGCAGCGUUACGCAAGUGGCUCAGGGCUCAGCGAGCGGCGGGAGCGGGUGGUGGGCGGCGCAGACAAUGGACAUGCCGCGUUCCGCGCCCGAGCUGCCACCAUCAGCACGAGCGGCGGCGGUCGCCCGGCUGCUUUGCCGGGCUCAGACGGCCUGCUGAACACGCCGAACGCUGCAAAUCGCCCCGGCGGGACCUGGCGUGCGGCGGUGACGUCCUCGACAGCCGCCGCGGCGGCUGCAAGCCACAGCCCACACGCUCAUGCCCGGGCCGUCGCGGGUGCUGCACCCAAAGCUUGGGACAUUGACGCCCCCGCAGUCGCGGAGGCCCGGGCGCUUGCGGCGCCGGCAGUGCCGGCGGCGGGGGCAACGCGAGCUCCUGCCAAGGCGGACCCUGCGCUUGAGCCGCCAGAGCUGGUGCUAAGCGCGGCAGCGGCCAAGCUGGCGUCGCUGAUGUCGCUUGCUCGGCUGCACAGCGACAGCGAGGAGGAGCAGGAGGAGGCGGAGGCCGAGGGGUCAUGAUGGGGAAGAUAGGCGCUGCAGGGCGGUUGAAUGGAUGGGCAAAUCAGAAGUGCGCGCCUGUGGCCGUGCAUGAAUGUGACACUGCAAGAAGGGACAGUCGUCCGAACAACAAAGGCCAGUUAUGCAGGCAGCAGGCGUUAUGUAUUAUAUAUUCCGCGCGUCCGUGCUUAUGCGGACGACAGUGCCUUGACUCCCCUUUGUUAUCGACAUGGUGUGUGGUCAGCAUCGAAGCGGCAGCUCAUUCGUGGGAGCUCAAUGCCACAAUCACUAAUGGGGUUAUGGGGUUGCACUCAUGGUGCGUGGCAGCACGUGUGUGCGACACGCAGGUGCGUGCCUCAGCGGGUCUCAGCACGCAUGGCCACACAUGCGACCUGCAGCAUAGUUCAAUGCCUAAGUACCUUGUGGCGGCGCCAGAGGCGUUCCUUGCCUGCACGAGUACAAGGGAUAUGCUGCAUAUGUUAUGUAAGUGUUCCCUAUCUGCCUAUCGACCGUCGCUACGACGCUAUCUCUAAUAACUCGCAUAUGAUUCGCGGCUGGCACGGACGCACACCGGCGCACAACAGCACAAGGGGACUGGAUUUGAGUCGCUGGCAUUGCACGACUGCCUUUGAGUCACGCAAGGCGAGUUUGCUUACCCCAAACCUGCUUCAUGAGGCAGUUGUAAGGCGGGGUGUGG